GCGCGUUUCAAACCACUUCCGUCACGAGAAAAAUAAAAUCCGAACUUCCACUUUUUCGCAAUUUAGGUCUCUAAAAGGGUGAAAUCAUUGCAUAAGACAAAUGCAAGAUGAAGUUACAUGAAGUUUGGACCUCCCUGGUUUUGAUCUGUUUCUCCACAGUCACUGCCAAUAGACUCAGCCUUCUAAAGAAUGUAGAUGACUUCAUGAAUACAUGCAUGGAUGGGCAAAAUCACAAGCUUCAGCCAGGGCCAGAGGAACUGCAGUUUCAAACAUGUUUCCCCUGGAAAGAUCGAGCUUGUUGCUCAAAAGAUGUCACUGCUGAGUUUCAGUCACCAGGUGUCACUAAAUGGCUUGGCUUUGAAUGGAAUCACUGUGGUGGUAUGACGGAGAAAUGCAGAAAACAUUUUAUACAAGAUUUAUGUUUCUAUGAGUGCUCACCAAAUGUUGGUCCAUGGUUAGUUAAGGACAGCGAUAGAGAGUGGAGGAAGGAGCGUAUGUUUGAAGUCCCACUUUGCGAGAGUGAGUGCCUAACUUGGUGGGAUGAUUGCAAAGAAGAGAUGACCUGCCUUGAUAACUGGAUGAGAGGAUUUAAUUGGACAACAGGUACAAAUACUUGCCCAGAUGACAUGAAAUGUCAACCUUUUAAGGACAUGUUUAAAGAUCAUCGGAGAUUUUGUGAACAAGUGUGGGACUUCUCGUACAAAGUUGUACCAGAUGGUGACGAUAAUUGUUUCAAACUCUGGUUUGACCCAAAAGACUAUAACGGGAGUAACCCAAAUGACGCGGUGGCACGUAAAAAGGCUCAAGCAUAUACCAUACUACUUUCUUCAAAUCUCGCUACCUUAAUCUGCAUUCCGGUUGUAUCUGUUGUCGCGGGUCUGCUCAGUGCCAUAGUUCUGUUAUAAAGAAAACUUGAUAUUUUGUCGCCAAAUAUUAAAUGUGAUUCCAAUAGGGUAAAGCUGGAGUAAUUAAAUUCUUUGUUUACCAGUAUUUUGUUUUUUAAAAAGAUUAGAGAAUAACAUUUUUUCUUUUCAUUAUAAUCUCGUUUGGCAAUUGAGGACAUCAAGUUCAAUAUAUGGUCUAACUUCUGACCCUCAACAGGAUGUUAAACAAAUGAUUAACUUUUAAUGGCCUA